GCACUGCCAGUAUACUUCCCUGCAACGCUGCGUCGACUACCUAGUUCAGCCGAGCUGAGCACACAUCGCACGACAACUCUGUCAAACACUUCCGGGCAAAUGUAGAUGUAUGCGAGCCGCGUCGCAGCGCAACAGUGUUUCACUUGAAGGCGGGAAAAAACACGUCCUAACCUCGUUGAAGAUGAAGCUGAGUACAUACCUGACGCGACUGGCCAAAGAGCUCUGUCCUCCGCAACGAAGACUUUUGAGCUUUGCAUUCAAAAUUAUACAAGGCACAAAGGUGUCGAUAGUGAUGACAGUCAUCGUUUCACUUCUCAUUGCCGCGGCCUCCUGCACGGCGGUCUCGUACCUCGAAGUCAGCCCGAACAUUCGCUUCAUUUCUGGACUGAUGGCUGCUUCCGUGUCACAAGGCGUCUACGUGUUCCGGCGUCAAGACGUGCAAGAGAUUGUUGGUUGCAUGGCUUCCUUGGCGAAACAGGCUGAGUACAGCACUCAUGUCGAUAAGGGUCUGACACGCGUGGCUAGGCGAUGCAUGAUGCUCCAGCGGUUUUUCACCAUUUACUCUUUCUUGGUGGCCUUCACUCUUCUCAGCCCACUCGCCAGUGGUGGUCUACCCUUUCCGACGUGGCCACACCCGGACACAUGGUCCUAUCCACACGUCACAUUGGCCGUAGUGCUUGUUUCGCAGACAAUCGCCUCGGUGUGUGCUGGCUUUGCCUAUUUCACGCUGUGGGGCCUGAUGCUCGCAACGCAAGAGGCGUGCACCGCUUUAUUUGUCACGAUUGGAACCAUGGUGGAGGAGGCAGUUACGCCCGAAGACCUCUUGGUCUGCGUUCGUCUUCAAGUGCGCAUCUCAACCGCUGCCACUCUCCUCAACCGAGUCACGUCGGAUGUGAUGGUAUUCCUCCUCUCGGCUAUCAUGGUCGUACCGAUCCAAGCCACAUACGAAUUUUUACAGGGGAACGUCGAUUUCUUCCUUCUUCUCAGCUGCCCCAUUAUCUUCGUGGUCUUUGUGCCUUUGUGCUACAGCGGACAGGAUCUGACGGAUGCGAGUAGGCGCGUGGGCCAGAAGGCGUACACCGCAGAUUGGGUUGCGGGCUGCCCUGCGUACCGCCGCACGUGCGUCCUCGUCAUGCUGCGCGCGGCGCGCCCAGCUCUGAUCACCUGCCGUGGUUUCGGCACAAUGGGACUGCCCUUCUGUAAAUCGGCGCUCAAGUCGUGGUUUUCGUAUUUGAACACGCUUGUGGGUAUCAGCUCAUAGGCGGUUUGAACAAUUUCAAAAUUUUCCAAAAGCUUUCUCGUGAAAUACGGAAGGAAUGACAUAAUAUGUAAGGUACAUUUUGAUGAUGUUAUAAGGGUUUCGUCUACUUUAUUUUCUUGUAUCAAAUAAAAUAGAAAUUGGUUUUGCAUGAUCUCAGCUAAUGUUA